CAUUUCGCCCGCAUCUCUGAUCGUGUGGCUCGCACCGUAGCAACUCAACAGAAGCUGCUGACAUAUGUUGCAAGAAUGAUGACGGCUAAAAGCCGCCUAGCUGCGAGAUAGACGAGACAGAAGCUUGCGUGCCUGCAUGUCGACCAUAAGCUUUCUUCUUUUUGGAGCCACUUCAACUUCACUUCCAUUCCAUCGACACUCGCAACUUUGAGUCUACCACACAUCGAUACAAAGCUUACUUUUCACCCGCCAUGUCCAAGUUCCAGCUCAAGUGGGGCAUUCUCGCCACAGGUGGAAUUGCAGAGACAUUCUCGCGAGACCUCUGGGUAAAUCCUGAAACAAGAGGUGUUAAGGACAUUGAGCAUGUCGUUGUGGCAGCAGCUUCAUCUUCUUCGGCGGACCGAGCCCAAGCUUUCUUGAAAGAAGUGCAAGCUCCGGAGACAGCCAAGGCAUAUGGAUCAUAUCAAGAGCUGGUGAAUGAUCCAAAUGUGGACAUCAUUUACGUUGCAACGCCACACAGCCACCACUACCAGAAUGUCCGUCUGGCAUUGGAAGCCGGAAAGAAUGUGCUUUGCGAGAAGGCAUUCACGACCAAUGCAAAGCAACUGGAGAUCUUGGUAAAAAUUGCCAAGGAGAAGAAUUUGUUCUUGAUGGAGGCUGUCUGGACACGAUACUUCCCUCUAUCAAUCUACGUCCGCGAUGUCAUCAAAUCCGGCAAGCUGGGCACCGUCUACCGCACCUUCGCCGAUCUCAGCGUCGGCCAACCACCAGCCACAAGCUUCCCAGACUCCCACCGCAUGGUCAAUCUCGAACUAGCAGGAGGCGCUCUCCUUGACCUAGGAAUCUACGCCCUCACCUGGGUCUUCCAAACCCUCUACCACACCCAGCAGCAACCCGCCCCACCCUCGUCCAUCCUAUCCUCCAUGCGAAAAUACAAAACCGGCGCUGACGAACUCACUUCCAUCCUCCUCGCCUUCCCCCGCUCAGACGGCUCAGGCGAAGCCCACGGCAUAGCCACAACCGGCAUGCCCGUCUCCUCAGACCCAGAUCACCAAGGCACCGCAGGUCCCUCCAUCCGCGUCCAAGGCGAAAAGGGUGAAAUUCAAGUCUUCCACCCUGCUUAUCGACCAACCAAGACCAAAUUGGUUCUCAACGACGGAACAGUCGAAGAAAAAGUCUUCGAGCAACCAGGACCAGGUAAGGGAUCCGGAUGGGCGAAUGGAUUCGGAGACAAAAGCUCAUGGAAUCCUGAAGGUGAAGGCCACGGGAUGUUUUGGGAAGCGGACGAAGCCGCGUACGCGCUGCGAGAUGGGAGGAAAGAGGGACAGUAUGAGAGUUUGGAAGAGAGUUUGGUAAUUAUGAGGACGAUGGAUGAAGUAAGGAAGCAGAAUUCUCUGGUGUAUCCUGAUGCGAUUGAGACGACGGAUUAUCCAGUUGAUCUGACGGCAAAGAAGUAAGGUCGAGCAGUUGAUGGGUGAAAAGCCCUCGCGGCUGUUUCUCAGCUGUCGAAAGAUACUCGUAGCUAUCCUGAACCUCGUAGCUAUACCCAGCCGAGUACUAUCAUACAGAAAAUGCGAAAUCCGCGGGCUAGAAGAAAAAGACCAGCUCAGUCGAACACGGUGCUCUACACAAUAUCCAAGUCAUCAUCAUCGCUCUCAACCUGCGCUUGGCUGGGAAAAGACUCUCUUCCGGGCUCUCGUAUUCCUUUAUC